AUGCGGCAAAUCGAGCUGCCUUGUGGCAUUGAGAUAGAUGGCGAAAGACUUCAAUACUUGAUGUUUGCAGACGACAUAGUCUUGAUUGGAAGCGAACCGAGUGCACUCGAAAGCUCCCUGAAUAUUUUGAGCGAAGCCUCCCAAUCCAUUGGACUUGUAAUACAUCCAGGAAAAACCAAAUGGAUGAAAAACAACUACACAAAUGACUAUCGUUUAUGCAUGAAAGGAUCAGUAAUUGCGUUCUCGAGGCGUACCCGUCUCAUUGCUAUCAUGCCGUCACUCGCCACGUAG